UUCACCAUGGAGACAGCCUCAAUGGCUCUGCCCAUGCCAUCGCAGACGCUAUAAUUUCACAGAUACAACAAUUAGUCCUCUAUCUAUAUCUACGGUGUUGUGAGUGGAACCAAGGAAGUGACGUAGCCACGGAAGAGCAUGGACCGAUUCGGUUUCUGUAUUUACAGAAGAGUGCUCUAACCGAGUGCAUUUACCUAGAGCCCACGACCUACACGCUGGUUACUGACAAACCGAAGGCGACUAGUCAUGACGUCGUUGUCACUGUACUUGUGUAGUCUGUUAAAUAAUAAUAAUAAUAAGAAGAAGUUGUUAAUUUGCUACAACUACUUACAUACGCACCGAACACCACUACACCUCGUCGAUCGGGCGCCGCAGAAGACUCGACUUGUUCGGUUAUUGGAUAUGAAUGUCCCUGCAGUGUUCCGUGGUAGGGUCACCGGGAAGGUUUUGGCGCAACAAUCCGGUGCCAGAAACUAUAGGGAGGCUACUAUGUGUACCAGUUCCGCAAGUGGCCAGGACAUGACCAACUGGUUGUGGUCUAUUUACAACGAAACCAAAAAACAGACCGAAGCCUUGAUCCCAGUGAUAUCCAAGAACAGUGUGAACCCCAACACUGUCUUUGCCAAUAAUGAGAUGAGUCUGCACGAUAUAGAGAUCUAUGGGUUUGACUAUGACUACACCCUGGCUUUCUACUCCAGACACCUCCACACCCUCAUCUUCAACAUCGCACGGGACAUCCUCAUCCAGGAGCACAGGUACCCUGAGGGCCUGCGUGAGUACGAGUACAUCCCAAACUUUGUUGUCAGGGGACUGCACUAUGACGUCCAAAAGGCAUUACUGAUGAAGAUAGAUGCCUUUCACUAUAUCCAGUUGGGAACAGUAUACAGGGGUCUUCACCCGGUGCCAGACAAGGAGGUGAUUGCCAUGUACGACGGCUGCCACGUUCCUCUGGAGAAUAUGAGUGACUUUUAUGGCAAGAGUUCCCAUGGCCACACUAUGAAACAGUUCAUGGAUAUCUUCUCCCUUCCAGAGAUGAACCUACUGUGCUGUGUUAAUGACUACUUUAUGAAGCACAACAUCGACUACGAGCCUGUCCACCUCUACAAAGACGUCAAGGCAGCGAUAGGAGAUGUCCAUGUGAAGGGUAUUAUGUAUCGAGCUGUGGAGGCAGAUAUGGAGAACUAUAUUUCCUAUGGGGAACAGACUCACGCUGUGUUGAAGAAGCUCUAUGAGGAUGGCAAGAAGAUGUUCCUCAUCACCAACAGCCCCUUUGACUUUGUGGACCGGGGAAUGAUCUACAUCGUGGGGAAGGACUGGAGAGAUUUGUUUGAUAUUGUCAUUGUGCAGGCCGACAAACCAGGCUUCUUCAACGACAGGAGGAAGCCCUUCAGACGAGUAACAGAUAAAGGGGUGCUGCAUUGGGACAGGAUUCACAAGCUGGAGAAGGGGAAGAUCUACAAACAGGGAAACCUAUAUGAGUUCCUGAGACUCACUGGUUGGAGGGGGUCCAAGGUGCUGUACUUUGGGGAUCACAUUUACAGUGACCUGGCUGACCUGACUCUGAAGCACGGCUGGAGGACAGGAGCCAUCAUCCCAGAGCUGAGGAAGGAGAUCAAGAUCAUGAACACUGAGCAAUAUGUCCACCUGAUGACCUGGCUACAGGGCCUGACUGGACUCAUAGAGCACAUGCAGGUCCACAGAGACCCAGCGUCGCAAGCUGUUGUCCAGGAGUGGAUCAAAGAGAGAGAAGCCAUGAGAUCACAGACUAAGGACAUCUUCAACAGCCAGUUUGGGAGUCUCUUUCGAACGUACCACAACCCCACCUACUUUUCCCGCCGCUUGUCUCGUUUCGCUGACAUCUACAUGGCCUCCCUCAGCUGUCUGCUGAACUAUGACUUCCAGCACACCUUCUUCCCUCGCCGGACCCCCCUGCAGCACGAGUCACCCUUCUGGCCCGAACAGACCAGCGCCGGAGCCCUGAAGAUGCCCUUCAUACCCCACAGGACCACGACUGAAGAGUAGAGAGGAGUAGGGUUUCAGUGUAACACCCCAUCCGGAUCUGCUCAAAGUAGAGGGGGACGGGUUUCAUUGCGACACACUCCGUCCGGACCUGGUCUGGACACAGAGCUUUCUGUGGGCCCUAUUCAGAGUUGAGAUUAGUGUGCGCAACUCAGUUUUGCGCCGAUCAUUCAUUCAUGUAAAUUGGAGACUGGCACAAAAUUGUAAGUUAAGUGCGUUGUCUUCAAGUCAGAAUACUGUCCUGAGAUGGGUUCUGGACAUGGCUGACUUGGACUUCAACCAUUCAUUACAUAUUUAGGGCAUGUGGACUGUAACCUAAAGGCCAUUCACUAGAUACUGUACAUACUCCAUCUCAUAUGCUGGCUUUUUCACAAUAACUUGAAUACUGCUGCUCCUCUUUAAAAUCUUGUCAUGACAUCUCACUAUUACAGGUGUAGGUUUCAUCUAUUUAUAAAGAUUUAGGACGUUAGAUAAUAUGCAGUAAGUAUAUAGCCUCUUUAAUAGUUCUGUAAUGUUUCAAUGCAAUUCUAUUGUCAUUAAGAGAACCACUCACAGUAGAGUUGCUUAGUAUACCAAACACAAAGUAUUAAGUUUGGAUGAAUGUGCUUGACAGACAUACAGUAUGUAACCAAAUGGAGAUUUACUUAGAUCAGCAAACUUUCACUUUCAUCCAAACAAGGUCAAAAUAUGUCAUUGUGAUCUCUAAUUUCUUAGUAAGUAUGUGUGGGUGUGAGAGAGAGCAAGAGAGUAUGGUUGUCCGUACAGAGUGAAUAGAGUUUAUUUUAUAGCAGUCUUGAAAGACGUCGGGCCAAGACGUGAUACGUGCGUUAUCUGUAACAUUCAUGGUAAUCAUAUAUUUAUGUAAAUGUAUGAUAUGCACUUGUAUAGUUAGUUACCUGUGUAUUAAGAUGAUCUUGGCCUUUUUAACUAUAUACUGUAUCUGUAAAUAAGGGGAAGUUGGUUAUAAAGGGGUAAUAAGGGAUGACCACCUAAAGCAGGUGGUCUCUGAACCUGUAAGCACAGAGAAACACAGACUCCUGAUAUUAUCAAGCACAGGAGUUUUUGUGUGGAGAUUAAUUGUUUGAAAAUAUGACUUGACAUUUUCAAAGACAUGCCUUACGCGUCUGUCACUAGAACUGGACUGUAGAUUAUAUAUUAGUGAUGCUUUAGUUUAGAAUAUAUUAUUCCCUGGUAAUAAGGGAGAUAGGCCUACCCUAAAAUCAUAUUUUUCACACAGGCUUUAUUGUUAUUAGUAGUCCUUACUAGUUCAGGUACUAACCACAUUAAUAGCACUCAGACACAACCAACAGUUUAUUUUUCAUAGAAAAGGGUAAUCUGCUGUAUUUCAUUGACAAAUGUAUUUAUCAUCGUCCAGUGUUGCUUGGCUAUCUUUUUUGUUUGUUUUCAUAAACAUUGUGCUUUAUAAAAUAUAAAAGUGUAUUCAAAUAAUUUACUUUGCAUUGAAAUGUUCAAAGAUUUGAUUUAUUCGUUUUUUGGGGGAAACUAACAAGAAAAUGACAUUGUUUAUGAUCAUCGAUAAGGCUUAAUGUUUUAGAAAUCUAUUGUUUGAUAUAUACAGUGUGGUCUGAAAUUAUUGACAUCCUUGAUAAAGAUGAGUAAAAAUGACUUCAUAAAAUAAAUGAUUAAAUUCAAA